UUUGAGAGAAUAUGUCCUACAAAAACAAAACCUAUUUUUGUUUGCAAGUUCUUUUCUUUUUGGUUCACAUAUAGUGUAACGUUUUAUACAAAAUCAAAUCAUGUUAAUAUCUAAAACAGAUUAAUGGUGGAAUUUCUGAGAAAAACAAUCCAAUUCUUGAAAUGAUGAAGAGACCGAUCCCGAGUUGGCCAUGGUGGUUAUUAGGAGGUAGAAAAGAGAAAGAAACUGAAGCUCUUAAGUUUCCUACAAAGAUAACUAGAGUUAAUAAGAGGAAAGAGCUUGAGAUUGAGAGCUUUGGUUCGUCUGGCUCAGAAUCUGUAGCUGUUGUUGCUUGUGUUGGUGUUGGUGUUGGUGAUGGACCUGAAUGGUCUGUUGGAUGGACUGAGCCACAUGGACCUGAUUUCCAAAGUGAUGAUGAAGGAGAUGAUGGUGGCUUCUUAGUGUUGGUUCCUUGUUAUAGAGCUGUCGUUGAAGGUUCUAGUAAUAACAACCAGCUCUUGAGUGCUGUCAAGAAUCUCCCCAAUGGUUUGCCUCCUGAUGGGAAGAACUACAUGGAGCAAUGGCUUUCAUCUCUGCAAAACCUUUGACCAGGUCUCUCUUCCUGUUGUAGUUAGUUAGUAGUAGUUUUAGUUUCUCUAAGACGCUCUGAAGAAUCA